UUCGUCACUCAUGUGCUGUCCUUGUGUCGAAAAUUUCACAUGGCCACCAUUUUGAAAGGCAAAAAAAAUCAGGAAUGACUCAAUCGCUAUCUAGAGGCUACAACUCAGUCUAGGAGCGAAAUGCAUUAGACAAUUUUUCUUCCAUGGAGGACAGAUCAAGAGAAUUUUACCUUAUCUCUAUAAAGAGAUGGUGGAAGGUUCUGGCAAAACAACACUGCUGAACACUCUUGCUGGAAGAUUGUCUCCUGAUAAUGGUGAAAUUCUUCUUAAUGGGACUAAGCUUAACCGGAAACUCAAAAGGAAAAUUUGUUAUGUCUUACAAGAUGAUAUUUUCUUUGCAAACCUCACCCUGCGAGAUACUCUAACAUUUUCUGCAAUGCUCCGUCUACCAGAUACCAUGUCAAAGGUGCAAAAAUUGAAUAAGGUGGAAGAAAUAGUGGACAACUUAGAUGUCAGAAAGUGUUUGGAUACAAAGAUUGGAAGCCCUUUUGAAAGAGGACUCUCUGGAGGUGAGAAAAAGAGAGCAAACAUUGGCUGUGAGCUCAUAACAAAUCCUUCCUUGGUUUUUCUUGAUGAACCAACUUCUGGGUUAGACUCUAGCAAUGCCUUGAACCUUGUUAAGACUCUGAAGAGCUUUGCAGCCAGAGAAAAAAAGACAGUGGUAACCACCAUUCACCAGCCAUCAAGCCAGAUCUUUUACAUGUUUGACAAGGUUUUAUUGCUAUGUGGAGGAAAGGUUGCAUACUAUGGCAAAGCGAACAGAGUUCUUGAUUUCUUUGAGAGUAUUGGUAUGGUUUGUGAUGCACAUUUCAACCCAGCUGAUUUUAUAUUGGAAAAGGUGACUGAGGGAGAGAAAGUACAAGAAAGGAUUGUCCGAGGUUGGGCUGAAAGACAGAAAAGACAUCAGAAAAACUCAACAGUGUCCAGUGAGUAUAGACCAGGAAGAACUGAUGCCUCAAGUCCUACUCCAGAGAGCAAUGACGCUGACGAGGCACAUGAUAUAGCAAGUAGAAGCUACAGAAGCUCUGAAAAGUCGCUUGAUCAGAAUGCUUAUCAGAAAGAUGGGCAACAAACAGCAAUUGAAGAAUUACCAAACACAGAAGACAUGUCUGGCCAUUUUCAUCUAGAUCUGGUGCAUGAUAAUUCUGAAGUCCUUGAAAUAGAAAGUGAGGCAUGUUCUGCAGGGAAUAGAUAUGAAGAUUUAAGAGCAGAGAUGUCACAGGCCGUCAACCAAAAUGUGCUGAACGAUUCUCCAAGGCUGGGUGGUGAAGCUAAAAUCACAUCAAAGGAAACGCUAAACAUGAAAAAAGAAAAUAAAACAGUGAAUGGACACGUACCUUCAGGUAUUAACGAAGUGCGUUUAGAGGUUUGCGAGAGGAUUGACGGUUCAAAUCGUUUGGCCUCAAGUCCCAAAUCAUCUGUAUCGAAGACCUUUUGGAAAAGCAGGAGAGGUUCGCUCACUAAAUCUUCUGAUCUUCUCCCAAAAGUCCACACAUUGGCUCGGGUAUCCUCAGUAGAUUUUCAUGUGUCUGUUGUCACAUAUAUGCGUAGUACCUCGAAUGAUUAUUCCAGAAUAGAUAUUGAUGAUCAAGAUGAUGAAGAUGAAGAUUAUUCAUCGCCAUAUUCUGAUAUUUCCACAUCAUGGCCUACCAGUUUUUGGACACAAUUCACAGUUCUCUUGCAAAGAACUUUUAAGCAGUCCAAACCUGACAUUCUCUCCAAACUGAAUUUCACACAGCAUAUACUUCUUGCUUCCAUAAUGGCCCUGAUCUGGUUUCAGCUUCCCUACAAAGAGCAGAGUAUUGAAGACAGAUAUGCACUGCUAUUUUUUUGCGUUGUUUACUGGAACUUUACUUCCCUCUUCAGUUCACUGAUGUCGUUUCCUAAUGAAAGAACUGUCGUGAGGAAAGAACGAGCUGCUGGUUAUUACAGACUGUCUGCCUACUAUUUAGCCAAGUCGUUAAGCGAAUUACCACUGAUCUUAUGUUACCCGACUCUGUUCAUGAUCAUUGUGUAUUGGAUGGCGGGACUAAACAGGAGCGAGGCUUUCCUUGGUACACUCUCUGUGGUUUUGUUAACUGCCAUCACAGGGCAGUCUGUAGGUUUGUGUAUCGGUGCAACAGUAAUGGAGUUCAAGAAGUCAAUAGUAGUCGCUGCUGUUUAUGGCCUGAGUUGUAUGUUGCUGGGGGGAUUUUACCAGAAAAACAUACCGUCUUGGCUAUCUUGGUUCCAGUACACUGCUUACAUAGCUUAUUCGUAUGAAGCAGCCCUUAGCAUUGAAUUCAGCUCUUCUCCCACAUUUAGAUGCCAAGGGGAAGACUCAUCAUAUGCUGGGUGCAGGAACAAUGGAACCACUAUAGAGGGAAUAGAAAUUUUGAAAAAACUGAACGUGUCCAGAGGUGUAGGCGAGAAUGUAGGCGCGCUUUUGGUGUUUAUAGUGGUUUUCAGGAUUUUGACAUAUCUUUCUCUGCGCUAUCUUCACAAGCCGAAAUGACGAGAACGUAUUUAAGUGUGACUUGGUUAGCCGACGGGUCAAUCUGUGGUUACGUAGUGUUGUCUAAUUGAAGCUGGGGAUGCCUAUUGGGAACUUGCAUCAACAGAAAAGUGGAGUAAUUAAAUGAGCCUCUCGUUAAUGUAGAGAUAGAUAAUGCAAGUUUAAUAUCCAAAACUUAAAGAAAAUAUCAUCACAAUAAUGACUUGAGAAAUAAAAGGAAAAGGAAAACAUGCCAGGAUUGCAGAGGGAGGUUGAUCAUGGACUAGUUGUAUCAGCACCACUGGAAAAGCAUGGAAAUAGUACUAUUUUGAUGCAAGUCUUUUGUUAGUCAAAGGUAUCGAGUUUCUCAGGGCGAUCAUCCUUUUAAUGUGGAUGUGCCAAACCACGUUUUAGCGAGCAGUAGUUUAAUUAGAUGAGGGAAUCACUUUGUGUAGGAAUAAAACAAAAGUUUUGUCGUUA